GGUCUGCUCGGUGGCGGGAGGUGUCGAUCGGCCGCCGGUCAGGAGCCGAGCUGCGGAACAUCCCGCCAUUUUUGAACUCUGCCGCUGGAGCCGGGGCGUGAGGAUCGCGCCUUCUCUUUCACUUUUGGGCGAUCGGAGCAGCCGAGAAACGGACAGUCCUUUAACCUAUUUUCCCCACCCUCCCCCUUCCCCAUCACCACCGGCAGGAGCUCCCUUUGAGAGCCGAGCCGGCUGGCCGGCUGGACCAUGGCGCCGCUGCUGGGCAGGAAGCCAUUCCCGUUGGUGAAGCCGCUUACAGAUCUGUCGGCAGAGGAGACUAUCUAUGUGAUCGAGCACAGCGGAGAGGGGUUUCGGAGCAACGAAGAAUAUGAAUCUCGAUUGUCUAGAUAUGCAGAGCGAAUCUGGACAUGUAAAAGCACAGGCAGCAACCAACUCACACACAAAGAGGCCUGGGAAGAGGAGCAAGAAGUAACUGAGCUGCUAAAGGAAGAGUAUCCAGUGUGGUUUGAAAAACCUGUAUUAGAACUAGUCCAUCACAACACAUUGUCUCUAGACAAAUUAGUUGACAAAACAUGGAUGGAGAUCAUGACGAAGUUUGCUAUUGGAGAACACUGCGAACUCCAGGUUGGGGAAAAUAAAAUUCUUCCCGUAAUAGUGUUAAAAGUCCAUCCUCUAGAGCCAAAGGAAGAACUAUCAUCUCAGAAGAAAACUGAUGGAUCCUGUGACUCACCUUCCAGUGACAAGGAAAAUUCCAGUCAGGUGGCACAAGAGAACCUUGGUAUGGAAGUCUGCAACAAAGUUGAGGACAGCAAGAGGGAAAACAAUACGAGUGACAGAGCUCGUCGAUCACCACGAAAGUUGCCCACAAGCCUCAAGAAAGAAGAAAAGAAAUGGGUCCAUCCAAAAUUUCUGCCCUACAAAUAUGAUGUGAAGCUUCAGGAAGAGGACAAAAUAAUUGCUAACGUACCAGUUGAAAGUCUCAUCCGAUCGGAGCGGCCGCCAAACAAAGAAAUCUUGCGAUAUUUCAUCAGGCACAACUCCAUGCGAAUGGGGAUGGGAGAAAAUGCACCCUGGGUGGUGGAAGAUGCACUCGUGCAGAAGUAUGCACUACCCAGUAAAUUCAGUGACUUCUUGUUGUCUCCGUAUAAGCCUCCUAAAUGGACUGAAGAUGAUGAGUACAUGAUUCAUAACCCUGUUGUGAACUUAGGAAAAAGGAAAAGUACUGUCUCACCAGAAGGUAAAACCUCAAAAAAAACAAAAGGAGAUGGGGACCCUAGCAAAGAGAAAAAUAAGAAGCGGAAGAAUGGUAGCAAAGAGAAGCUUUCUCGGAACCCUCCUUUGAGCCCAACAUUAUGGGGUCAUGUGCAUGUGAAAAAGGCAAUGAAUGGGACUGGAACGGCAUACAAUUCCAAAAGGUCGCCAGAACAAGAACUGGAAGAAGUAAUGAAGAUUGUAACACCAACCAAAUUGAACACCAACUUCCACAUUCCCAAAAAGUGCUCCAGUGCUGCUCGGAACUUAAAAAAGCUGCAAGCUAAGGAUAAAGUGAACAAAAAAGAGAAAUCCAAGAACAAGGCUAAGUUGCUGAAUGGGCAGAAGUCAGCAGGAAAUAGCAAAUCUCCAAAAAAGAGUCUGAAAACUCCAAAGUUGAAGAUGAAACAGAUGACGCUUUUUGAGAUGGCAAAAUCCAAUACAUCCAAGACUGGAAAAUCCCCAAAGGGUGUUGGAGGAGCCUCAAGAUCUAUGUCUAAACCUCAGAAAUACCUGCCACCUUUGGCCUUACAAUUCCUUCGAUAUUACAAAGAUAAUAAGGGAAAGGAGGAGAAGAAAGGUGCAGUGUCUGCAUUCAUCACCCGGGUGGCCAAAGUGCUUUCUGCUGAAGAACGUGCUCGUCUACCAGAGGAAGUUGGUGAUCUUGUUCAGAAACGUUAUGAGAUAUUGGAGCACAAGAGGAAAUGGGCAAUGAUGACUCUAGAAGAAAGAGCAGAUUAUCACAAAAAAAAGCGUGAAGAGCUAAGGAAAAAACUAAAGGAAAAAGCUAAAGAACGGCGGGAGAAGGAGAUGCAAUUAAAACUGGAAAAACAGAAGAGAUUUGAAGAUCAGACUCUUGCGGGAAAGAGCUUACCUGCACUUAAGCUGGUUGAUACACCUGAAGGGCUUCCAAACACACUUUUUGGUGAUGUUGCUAUGGUGGUCGAGUUCCUCAGUUGUUAUGCUGGUCUGCUAAUGCCAGAUGACCAGUAUCCAAUUACUGCAGUCUCCUUGAUGGAAGCACUGACCUCUGAAAAGCGAGGUUUCCUCUAUUUGAAUAGAGUUCUGUUGAUUCUCCUUCAAACUUUGCUGCAAGAUGAAAUUGCAGAAGACUACAGAGAAUUGGGGAUGAAGCUUUCUGAAAUCCCUCUUACCUUGCACUCUGCUUCAGAGCUAGUUCGGCUCUGCAUGCGCAAGUCAGAUGUACAAAAUGAAAGUGAAGCAUCAGAAAUGAAUGAAGACAGCAAAGAUUCUAUGGGAUUUGAAGAUAAUGAAGUUGCAGAUGAAUUACUGGAUAAGUUGGAAACUUCUGAGUUUUUUGAACUGACCCCAGAAGAGAAAGUAAAGAUUUUAUCAGCGCUCUGCCAUCGGAUUCUGAUGACAUACUCUGUUCAGGAUCACAUGGAGGAUUCACAGCAUAAAUCUGCAGAGCUGUGGAAGGAGAGACUGGCCAUGCAAAAAGAAGAAAAUGAUCGGAAGAAGGCAGAAAAGCAAAAGAAAAAAGAGAUGGAGGCAAAAAAGAAAGAGCCAGAAAACAACAAAAUGGGUGACAAGAAAAAGCUAGAGAAGAAGGAAUUUGAUAAGAAGCUAGAAGUGGACAAAGGUGGAAAUGAUUUGUUAACUGACGUCAAUGGCAGUGAAGACCUCAUUAGUGCAAUUAAGAGCAGGCGAUUGAUGGCAUUGCAGGCUAAAAAAGAGAAAGAAGAGCGGGAAAAGCAAGAAAAAGAAAGGAUGGAGAAGGAGGUGGAAGUAGAAAAGAUUCGUAAACACAAAGCAGCAGCCGAGAAGGCCUUUCAGGAGGGAAUUGCAAAAGCCAAGCUUGUCUUGCAUCGAUCACCGUUGGGCACAGACCGUAACCACAACAGAUACUGGCUGUUUUCGGAUCUGGUGCCUGGUCUGUACGUAGAGAAGGGUUGGGUGCAUGAUAGCAUUGACUACAGCUUUACCAUUCCUGAAGAAUACACCCAACAUGAAGAAGACCAGGAUUCCAAAAGUAAUGAUGAUGAUAGCAUUGCUGACAGCAGCUUAAAUGACAGUGGCCACCAGGGGUCCUCCCAUACUGCAGAUAUUUGCAUUGAAACCACUGUACCAAAACAAGGACAAAACCUAUGGUUUAUUUGUGACACUCAGAAAGAACUCGAUGAACUCCUAAACUGUCUUCACUUGCAAGGUGCCAGAGAGAGUGCUCUCAAAGAACGUCUUCAGAAAAAGUAUCAAGAUAUCCUUCACUCACUGCACUUGGCACGGAAACCAAACCUUGGCCUCAAGUCCUGCGACGGUCAUCAGGAGCUCCUCAAUUACUUGCGAACUGACCUAAUUGAAGUGGCAACACGACUGCAAAAGGGAGGGCUAGGAUACAUGGAUAAAUGUGAUGAGUUUGAGGAGAGGGUACGCUCGUUGGAGAGCCUGAAAGAUUUGGGUGAGUGUGUGAUCACACUACAAGAGUGUAUAGUAAAGAAAUUCCUGCAAGGUUUUAUGGCUCCCAAGCAAAAGAAGAAAAAAGCAGGCGAAGAAACAAAAGUAGAGGAAAUCGAUGAGGAGAAAAAAAUGGCUGAAGAAGCUAAGGUUGCUUCUGCCCUGGAACUAUGGAAGUGCGCUAUACAAGAGGCUCAGACUUUCUCUCGUAUGCAUGUACUGCUCGGAAUGUUGGAUGCUUGUAUCAAGUGGGAUAUGUCAACUGAAAAUGCCCGAUGCAAAGUGUGCCGUAAGAAAGGUGAAGAUGACAAGCUGAUUCUGUGUGAUGAAUGCAAUAAGGCCUUCCACUUGUUCUGUUUGAGACCAGCUCUCUACAUGAUACCAGACGGAGAGUGGCUAUGUCCAGCUUGUCAGCCAGCCACAGCUAGACGUGGCACUCGUGAUAGAAAUUAUGCUGAGGAGGAAGACGAAGGUAAUGAGAAUGAGGAGGAUGAAGAAGAGGAAGUAGAGGAGGAGGAAGAGGAAGAAGAGGAGGAUGACUAUGAGGAGCGAGGAGGUCCCAGACUCAGAUCGAGGCCCAGGAAAGCUGCCAAAGGAAAACCAGGCUCUCAGGGCCGCCCUCCUAGGCAGGCCAAACAGCCGGGAAGAAAAAAGUCCCUACACGGUCACAGCAGGAACACUCGACACAAGACAUCACCUGUCAACGGAGUGGACAUUGAUGAGCUGGUGCAACAAAGAACAAAAUAUAGGUCACGGAGACUAAAUUUGGAGCUUGCAAAAUGUGAAGAAAUCUUGAACAAAUUAAUCAGAUCAAGAUAUAGCUGGCCUUUCAGAGAGCCUGUGACAACUGAUGAAGCAGAAGAUUAUUUUGAAAUAAUCACUAAACCUAUGGACUUGCAGACCAUGCAGAGCAAGUGUUUAUGCAGCACUUACAAAACUGUUGAGGAAUUUCUUGAGGACAUUAAACUGGUAUUUAACAAUGCAGAACAGUACAAUCAGGAGGGUAGCCAGGUCCUUACCUGUGUGGAAAAAACAGAACGAUGUUUCAUUGACAUGUUGCGAAAACAUCUUCCCAACUACAACUACAGACGGGGCAAACCACGAAAAAGUAUCCAGAAACGAAAAAGGCUGGUGCAAGUAGAACUAGAGGAGGGAGAGGAGGAGGAGGAGGAGGAUGAUGAAGAGGAGGAAGAGGACGAGGAGGAGGAGGAGCAGGAAGAAGAAGAAGUGGUAGACGAUGAGUAUGAUGACAGUGACGCAGAAUCAAGUGAACAUUCCAUCCCACCGCGUAAGCGCCGGAAGUGAAUUGAGUAUAGUUGAGCUUUCUGAAUAAUGGAUGUAGUAAUUAUUUUGGAAACUGCAGACUUGUUUGUACUUUAAAUGUUUACGUUGACUGAUUUAAAAUAUUGGAUCAAAUACAAAACUUCAACCAAACCUGGACAUUUUCAUAGGAACACAAAAAUGUUGAAGUCUAAAGCUCUUACAGAUUUUUUGAUACUGUUGUUAAGUUGGGAGAUCCUGAGGGCUGAAAGUUCCUUGUUUUGUUGAAAAUAGUUGUGAAAUUAAGAUCACAGACAAGGAGCUCUGUUGUUCUGAUUUUAUGACCAUAGAGUGGAUCUUUCACAAAAAAUUCUGCUCCUUGGUAUCAGCUUUCAGCAAAAGCUUUCUGAUUUGUUCAUCAUAGCUGUGGAAGUGGUCAAUUCAGAAAAUUAGACAACCCCUCGAGUGUUGGUCCUUGGUCCUUCUUAAUAACACUGCCUCGCUGGAGAGAGUGUACAAUUAAUGGAAAUUCAGCUGAUUGCAGGCCAAGGUAUUUCACAGUGCCAGAUGAUACACAUUGCAUCACCAGCAUCUGUUUUAUCCAGCUGUUUUAGGUUUGACCAUAUGAUUGAAUAUGUGCAAAAUUAUCUCACAUUGAUCGCAACAGUAUUUGUAAAUGUACAGCUGUUCUUUAUAAUAAGGAGAUGUAUCCAUCCACUUUGAGGAGAAUCCCUGCCCUUGAAUGUUUUGCCAUCUGAAACAGUAAAAUGAGCUUUUCAUAUGAACCACCAGCCAUCGUGUAACUUCUGUCACCUGUUUAAUUGACUGUGGUUGAGAAGGUAUCAGUUGCCUGAUGAACAUGUGAUCUUGUGCAGGAUGUUUAGUUCAGAGUCAACUCAGUUUCAAAACUGAACUGUAAUCAGUUCUGCAUGUAAUGAGCAAUGGUAACUGGUUUAUACGCUUAGGCCGUCUAUCUUGAUUUAGCUGAGGGUCCAACCAAACGGAUGUUAUUGAAUAGUACAUUGGGUGUCUCUAGAUUCUUGAAAGAUUCUAAUUUGCCCUACACACUAAUUGGUGCAGGGAAAUAGCACCCAGACUCAAUACAGAUGUGCUACCACAUUUCAUGCUUGUUGGCUGACAACAAUUCUGUGUUUGACAUAUAAGAUUCUCUUUUGAUCUGCCUGACCAUUCUGGCUGACCAAAUAGUUCUCAUGCAACACCAUUGGAUUUUUAAACUGAAGAAUUGUAAAAUACUCCUUUUUGUGCGGAGAUUUGUACAGUGCAUACAGAUAUGUAGAUCUAACCAGAUUAAGAUCCUUGUGUUUCAAGUUGUCAAAAAAGUUGUGACACAACUUGAAUUUGUUUUCAUCUUUGUUACUGUAGUUUGUAUAAAUAAUUCUUAUUAUUUGAGUAUUUGUGAGCAACAAAUCCUUCAAGGCCCUUUUCACAUCUGCAAUUUUUUUCAUGGAGAGAGGGGGAAGGAAAGCACUGAUCUAAAAUUUUCUUUGUUUCUUUUUGAGAGUUUCCCCCUCUUUCCACUUGGCGUUUUAUCACCGUUCCCAGUCACUCUCAGUUGUGUAGGCAAGUGAUGUAGAAUAAAACAGUGGAAUUUUGACAUUGUAUAUUUUCCCAAAUGUCUGUGGUAGUUGUUUGGGGAGGGCUAUGCUUGUAUUAAAAACAUUUUUGGACUUUUAAAUAAAAGCAAUUACAUUUAAAACUUUGCAAAAAAGAAAGUAAGGGUUAUGUGUGCCCUGUAACAACAACAUCAAGAUCACUCCCUUUAGUAUUUGGACGUUUUUUUUUCAAAUGAGUAGCUGCCUGGAAACUAAUUGUUUUCACUGGCUGGCAGGAAUUGUCUGGCUUUUCUAGAUUUUUUUUCCCCACAGCUUUUGAGUUUAUCUUGUGUGUCAGUGACUACAUCUCUCUCUGUCUUUGAGUAUUUCUUCUGGUGACUUCUCCAUAUUUCCCUUGCUCACUGCCCUGGGCUCUCUUUCCUGUUGUUUGCUCUAUGUCUUGCUCUCAUGCUGUCUUAUCUCUGGCAUGCUCUCUACUGGUGUUCCCUCUCCCUUUCUUGCUCUCUUCUUCCCUCUGUGUCAUGUGCGUUCGCAUACGUAUGAAAAUAAUCUUGCGAUUUCCAUGUUUUUUUAAAUUGGGACAUGAUAUGUUUCUCUAUCGUUGUGUGCAUCUGUCCCCCUCUGUCAAUUAUGUGUGAGUGUGCCUUUGUUGUUGAGAGACAAUACAUUUCACGAUCCAUUUGUCUACAUCUACCUACUCCUGUGUCAGCAAUCAGACUCCCAUAUGCAUUCUAUCUGUAAUUUGAGAUUGCUCCAAAGAGGACCACCUGCCCUCUUUUCUUUCUUCCCCCCUCUUCACCCUGUUGAAUAUGGCACCUGUGAUUAGACACUUAUGUAAUUGAGUUCUUCCACAUAGCAACAGUGAGGACUCUUCAGAAGUACCUCAUUAGUGUGAAUACUGAUGUAACAAUGCCCCCUUUUUUUUAGAAAAAAAGGAAACUUUCUUCAAGUAUAAAGCACUUUAACGCGCCAUUCUUCACAGGCAAUACUCAGCAUUGGCACAUACAGCCUUAGAUAUAAAAUUUAAAUGUGCUACUUCUUGUAUAAUUAUAGAGUGUCAUAUGUUUUUUGGAGCAAGUCCAAAAGCCUAAUCUAUCUGGAUUUUGUGUUCCCUAACUAACUCAUGUAUUGGGAGAGAAUGUUGACAUGUAACUGAAAUAGUUUUUGCAUUUUGGUAGACACGUGGAGGCCUGCUGAGCAUUGGAAAUGUGUGAAUUUUACACUUCUAAUUAUCUUGAAGAUUCAGGAUGUCCAAGAAUUAUGUGCACUGCAUUGGUGUAUACAGAGAAAACCAAAGAAGGCAAGAAUUGGGGGGAUUAAAAGGAAUUUAAGAAAGGGAGCAUUAAUAAACUAAUCAAACUUGGAAUGAACCCUGUUCUAGAUUAAUUGCAUCAGUGUAUCUUAAAAGAAGAAAGCACUAUUACGUGUACAAGAAAACUCACUAUAAAAGGGAAUAGUUCCAGAAGACUGUCAGCUUUUCAUGUGAUCCCCACACUUAUACAUUGGUGGGAAAGAUAAGAAAAUCCUUAUUUAACGAUGCCAUGAAAAGAUCUUUAAGUCAGAAUUCAGUGUAGUUAGAGUGGAUUUUAAAUGUGAUAGCAAAGUUUGACCAACUCUUUUGUGGUGGUAGAGUAAUGUAGCAUGGAAACAGAGACUUUGGUCCUUGCUGACCAGAUAUCUUAAACUGAUCUAGUCCCAUUUACCAGCAUUUGGCCCAUAUCCAUCUAAACCCUUCCCAUUCAUGUACCCAUCCAGAUGCCUUUUAAAUAUUGUAACUACCCACAUACUCUUUGAAGAAGUAAUGAUGGGUAUACACAUUUAAUACUGUUAAGCUUUCAAAAGGAGCGCAAUAAGGUGUCAAGUUGAUUCCGGCUUAAGUGGUCAAAGGACAGUAGCAAAGUAAAUAGCAAAGUAUUUACAACACCAAAAUGGGAGAAUAAUCCUCCAGUGUUACUGCUAUCUCCAAUCUGAAACCACUAUCAAACAAAUUUUCCUCUCUUUCAGUAGACUCCUGGUCCACUUCUCAAACUGUGCCCAGCACCACCUAUCCUUCAUAUUGUACUUUUCCACACAAUUACAUAUGUAGUACCAGUCCCUUUACCUCUUCACUCUCAAAGUAUUCAAACACAUCUUCCAGGUGAAACAAUAGCUUUGCUCCUGUAUGCAGUAUUUGCUGUUUUCAAAGUGGUCGGUUCUACUUUGGUAAGAGCAAAGGUAGUUUGCGUGUUGAAACAACUUCUAGUCCAGAAACUAGACCUCAAGCUUUUGGUCACCUGUCAUUUGGUUCUCCACCUUGAUCCCACGCUGACCCCUCAUAUAAGCUUUCAAUGAUCGAAUGUAAUCAUAAGGAAGAUCAUCUUUUGAUUUGGCACUUUCAGGCUCUAUGGACACUUUAUUGAGUAUAACAUUUUCUGACAGUCACCUCUGUUCCCACGUUUACCUUCUGUUUUACUCUCUUUCUCUUCAGACAGCAACUCUUCAUCAUUUUGCAUUCAUACUCCUCUAGAUUCCCAUUUCCCCAGUCCCCUUGGGGUUGGACCACCAACUGGUGUUUAAUCUCUCCUACCUUCCACCCCUCGUGAAACUCUUCCUUUUGUCUCUUACCCCCUGAGUUCCACUUUUUUUCAUUUUUCACUGGCUUCAAAUAUAUUAUAUCUUUUUGUUUCUCCAUAUCUGAGCCCUGACCUACUGAGUAUUUCCAGCAUUUUCGAUCUUUAUUUCAGAAUUUCAGCAUCUAUAAUAUGUUGCUUUGAUAGUUCCCUGAGCUAGGUUCUGAGGGAGCUGGCUAAUGUAAUGUCACUUAAUUCUUCAUUGAUGGGACAGAGUCUUCAAUGAUUUCGAUAUUUUUGCUAAAGGAGUUGGUAGCCCACUGGUGUUGAGCAGAUUGUUCUGUCAUAAUUUCUGGAAAUAAAGUAUUGAAUUUGGCACUUUGUGCAUCUUUGAUUUAUCAGCUGUUGUCUUCUUGUGUCUGCAAUCUUCCUUGAGUGCAAACAUCAUAGUUCAUGCUGAAUGAAUGAGUUUUUCGCAUUUUGCAUAACUUUAUUACAAGAUACACUUUCUAUCUUGAGGUAGCAGCCUCAUUACAGUGCAUCAGCAUGGAAUUGUAACCUUCGUCCACUUCUCACAAAAUGCAACAAACACCUGGAGUUGUUGCAUUGGAUUUAAUAAACAUAACAAGUGUUACUGCUGUGGUCACAGUGUUCAAGUCCUGGCUCAAAGUCACACAUUGCAUGUGUUUUCUGUAAAAUGUCUGUAAAAGGUUUGUGGUGGUUAAAAAUAUAAGGAACGUCAAAGAAUGGCCAGAAGAUUCAUCGGGGGAUGAAUUUAGAACAUGAAAGGUAGCUAGUUAGGAACAUAAAAACAACCAAGUUUUUACAGAUGUUUAAAAAGGAAAAAGAAUGGGUAAAGUGAAUGUUAGUCCUCUGGAGAAUGAGAAUAGGGAUUUAAUAGCAAAUAAUAAGAAAAUGGUGGAGGAAAUGAAUGAAUAUUUUACUUCCGUGUUCACUUAGAGGAUUUUGUUUUAAUUCAUUCGUGGGAUGAGGGCGUCGCUGGUUAGGCAAGCAUUUAUUGCACACUCCUAAUUGCCCUGAGGGCAGUUAAGAGUCAAUGACAUUGCUGUGGAUCUGGAGUCACAUGUAGACCAGAUCAAGUAAGGAUGGCAGUUUCUUUCCCUAAAGGACAUUAGUGAACCAGAUAGGUUUUUCUGACAACGGAAUCAUGGUCAGCUUUGGACUUCCAGGGGUUUUUGUUAGUUGAAAUUUGAUCCUCUGCCAUGGCAGGAUUCUCACCUGGGUUCCCACAACAUUAUCUGGAUCUCUGGAUUAAUAGUUCAGCAAUAACACUACUAGACCUUCACCUUCCCCAUUUUCCCAUGAUGAAAGCAUUCUAGUAAUGGCUGUAAAUAAAGAGAUUGAAGGGACAAAUGUAUUUAAUGAAAUUACAAAUGUGGAGAAGUGGUACUGAGCAAACUGCUGGAGCUGCAGGCUGAUAGGUCUAAAGGUCCAGAUGGACAUCAUCCUAGGGUCUCAAAAGAGGUUGCAAAGGAGCUAGUGGAUGGGUUAGUGUCAAUUUUCUAAAAUUCCCUUGAUUCAGAACAGGUUCGAUUGAACUGGAGUGUAGGAAAUAUAAUGCCUGUAUUCAGGAAGGGAGGGAGGCUGGAAACGGGAAACUAUAUUACAUUUAGUAUAAUGUUUGUCAUGGGUAAUGUUUUAGAAUCAAUCAUUAAGAAAGCAUAGUUGCACAGUUAGAAA